AACACAAGCAACUUUACUUUUUCUUUCCUCUAUAAAACAACUCAUUUUUUUCUCUUAGUUUUUCCUUGUUUCCUCUUUCUAGGGCUUCAAGUUUGUUUCAUUUCAACAUGAAGUAUUAAACUUUCUAAUGUUUUCACAAAUAUAGUUGCAUUAGGGUACUGACCCAGAAAAGAAGUAUCAUCAUAAGGUACUAAAGAAGAGAAGAAAAAACAAGAAAAGUGAAAAAAGAGGUAAUAAUUGUUCAAAAAUAGAAAGAAAAAAAAAAGAGGAAAUAAUAAUUUUAGAAGAAAGAGUUAGGAAAAUACAUAAGAAGAAUGGGAAGAGGAAGAGUUGAAUUGAAGAGAAUAGAGAACAAAAUAAAUCGACAAGUUACAUUUGCAAAAAGAAGAAAUGGUCUUCUUAAGAAAGCUUAUGAACUUUCUGUUCUUUGUGAUGCUGAAGUUGCUCUUAUCAUCUUCUCUACUCGUGGCAAGCUUUAUGAAUUUUGUAGCACUUCUAACAUGCUCAAAACUCUUGAUAGGUACCAGAAAUGCAGUUAUGGUGCUGUUGAAGUUAGCAAACCUGCCAAAGAACUUGAGAGUAGCUACCGUGAAUACUUGAAGCUGAAACAAAGAUUUGAAAAUCUUCAAAGAACCCAGAGAAAUCUUUUAGGGGAAGACUUGGGCCCAUUGAGUUCAAAAGAUCUUGAGCAGCUUGAAAGGCAAUUGGAUUCAUCUCUCAAGCAAGUGAGGUCUACAAAGACACAAUUCAUGCUGGAUCAAUUAGCUGAUCUUCAAAAUAAGGAACAGAUGUUGGUAGAAGCUAACAGAUCCUUGUCAAUUAAGUUGGAUGAAAUCAAUUCCAGAAAUCAGUACAGACAAUCAUGGGAAGCCGGUGAACAAAGCAUGCAAUAUGGUGCUCCACAGAAUGCUCACUCUCAGAGCUUCUUCCAGCAGUUGGACUGCAAUCCCACAUUGCAGAUUGGUUCUGACUAUAGGUACAACAAUGUAGCUAAUGAUCAGAUAGCUUCAACAAGUCAAGCUCAACAACAAGUGAAUGGAUUUGUUCCUGGAUGGAUGCUUUAAUUAAGCUAAUUAAACUAAGUAUUUAGCUUGCUAAACAAAAGGAAAAAGCCAAUUAAUAGUGCUUUUUAAUGUUGGCAAUGCAAUGUAUAAAUUAAAUGAUGCUGCUACUUUCCUUCUAUUGUUUUUUCAUGUUGAGGUAUAAAAAACAGCUAUAUGACUUACUUGAAGCUGCUAAACCUUUAGCCAUAUAUGCAUAUAUGGCAUAUUCAAGAAAUUUAUAAUAUUGAGCAUCUUAAUUUGAAUUAAUGUUUUUGUUCUUAACAAUCUGUGAAAACAAAAUUGAGAAUACCUUUUCUUUAUAA